GUUGGAGAUCUUCUCUUACCUCCCGGUUCGGGACAGGAUCCGCAUCUCCAGGGUCUGUCACCGCUGGAAGAGGUUGGUGGACGACCGGUGGCUGUGGCGACAUGUCGACCUGACGCUCUACACGGUAUGCGGGGCUGGCCGGGCAGGUCUGGGCCAAGGUUGGGUUGGCCCGACCUCGAGGACCACGCCUCCAACCCUGUGUUUCGAGCGAGGCUGUCCCGGGUGCAUCCCGGCCGCGUCAAUUAUUUGCUCCACUGUGACCUCCAGGCUUCAGUUUCCCCACCUCCAGAAUGGGUGUUACCAAAGUCGUGCAGGGAAAGGGCUUAUUGAUGAGUUUUCAUGGAGAAACCAUUUUCCAUAGUCAACUUAUUUCCAGAAUUAAUCUCCUGAGUGGUGCAGGCAAACCAUUUCCACUUUCUCCCAUUUGCAUUUUAUUUUUUUCUUUUUAUUAUGAACUAUUUCAAAUAUAUGUAGAAAUGUACAGAGGAUAAUAUCUGAAACUAUGUACUCACCACCUAGAUUUAACCUUUUUUAACCUUUGGCCUUAUUUACUGCUGAUCUUCUGAAACACAUACAAAUGUUUAUAUAUACACAUAUGCAUACAACAUUUUUAGGUAUAUUUCUUGCACUUUUGAAACCCUCCUCAGAGGUAACCACUGUCAUAAAGUGGAUUUGUAACCUUUCGCGUUUUUAUUUAUUUAUGUGUGUGCCCGUAAGCAAUACACAGUAUUGUUAACAUAUUUCUAAAAUUUAGAUAAUGUUGUUCUACUCUUUAGUUAAAUGCUGUUUUACUUAUAUAACCAGCUUUAUUCACACAUCACUUUUGAGAUUUAUUCUAAUCAGCACUUGUAAAUCUAAUUCAUUCCUUUGAACUGCUGUUAAAUGAAUAUACCACAAUUUGUUUAUCUAUUUUCCUGUUGACAGAUGGUUAGGUUAUUUCCAACUUUCUACUGUUGUGAACAGCUUUAUAAGGCAGUGUCUCAGACUUUAUUGUGCAUAUGAAUCACCUAUGGGGAUCUUGUUAAAAUGCAGAUUCUGAUUCAUUGGCCUGGAGUGGGGGCCCCAGAUUCCAAAUUUCUAACAACUUUCAAGGUGUUACUAAUGCUGUUGGUUCUUGUUCCACAAGAAUGUCCUUGUGUCUGUCUUCUUGCAUCCAGGUACCAGUUACUCUGAAACCUAGAAGUACAAUUUCUGAGAGAUGCGGCCUAAAGUCAUGUGGCACCUCCUUCGCCGGUACAUGGCAUCCCGGCUCCAUUCCCUGCGGAUGGGCGGCUACCUGUUCUCGGGCUCCCAGGCUCCCCAGCUGUCCCCCGCCCUGAUGAGGGCCCUGGGCCAGAAGUGCCCCAACCUCAAGCGCCUCUGCCUGCACGUGGCCAACCUGAGCAUGGUGCCCAUCACCAGCCUCCCCUGCACCCUGAGGACCCUGGAGCUGCACAGCUGUGAGAUCUCCAUGGCCUGGCUCCUCAAAGAGCAGGACCCCACCGUGCUGCCCCUGCUCGAGUGCAUCGUGCUGGACCGUGUCCCCGCCUUCCGCGACGAGCACCUGCAGGGCCUGACGCGCUUCCGCGCGCUGCGCUCGCUGGUGCUGGGCGGCACCUACCGGGUGACCGAGACCGGGCUGGAUAUGGGCCUGCAGGAGCUGAGCUACCUGCAGAGGCUGGAGGUGCUGGGCUGCACCCUCUCGGCCGACAGCACCCUCCUGGCCAUCAGCCGCCACCUCCGAGAUGUGCGGAAGAUCCGGCUGACCGUGCGGGGCCUCUCGGCCCCUGGCCUGUCGGUCCUGGAGGGCAUGCCGGCCCUGGAGAGUCUGUGCCUGCUGGGGCCGCUCAUCACCCCAGAAAUGCCUUCCCCGCAUGAAAUCCUCUCCUCCUGCCUCACCAUGCCCAAGCUCAGGGUCCUUGAGCUGCAGGGGCUGGGCUGGGAGGGUCAGGAGGCGGAGAGGAUCCUGUCUAAGGGGCUACCCCACUGUAUGGUCAUUGUCAGGGCCUGCCCCAAAGAGUCCAUGGACUGGUGGAUGUGACUGCACCAGCCGACCCUGAGACCCCUCUCAGCUUUUAUUAAUGAGUCCCAGACCCUCUGAGCAGCACCUUACCAUGGGCAGGUAAUCAGGCUGGAGAGGUAUGAAGGCCACAGGUAGAGAGAACCCAAGCCUUGGCUCCUUCAGAUCAUUGGAAUCAUGGUUUGCCAGCUGUGUGGCCUCUGUGACAUCAGCCAGCCUCUCGGAGGCCCUGUCCUCACCUCCAGAAAUGAGGAAGACCAUAGCUACCUCUCGGUUAUGUUGCAAAGCCUUACUCUUUACCAGCCCUGAGGCCCGAGAAGGUCCUCGAUGAAGAGCCAUUCUCAGGAACAGGACAGAUGUGGAAGGGUGGGUUAGGAGUUAGGGAGACCUGAGGGGCCAAGGCCCCUAAGGAAGCCUGGAAGGGCUGUCAACGCAUGUGCGCCAGCACACUGACACAUCACUGACAUGCCGACACACCACUGACACGCUGACACACCAUCGAUAGUCCCCCAUGCACGCAGGAGACACGGAGAGAAGGGCAGAUACAACUCAUGCUUUGAUGAUCGAAAUGUUAAUAAAGGUUCUAAGUUGUCCUUUCAGUAUUUUGUAUUCUGUAUUUUCCAAGUUUUCCGCAAUAUAUAUUAUUUUGCUAUUAAAGAAAAAUAAUCAUGUUUUUCA